CAUGAAUGAGUUUAAGAGAGAGAGAGAGUGAUCCAUCUUUGCAAGUCAACUAAUAAGUCCCACUCACUCUCUCAGCAUCUCUGAUAGAUCCAUCCUUCAAACACAGACAACCAAAAAACAACACCACCCAGAAGAGUGUCAAAUGACCCUUUUGCCCUUCCUUCCUUCUCUGCUCUUGCUUUGACUCUCAGCCACAAUGGACGCUACUGCCGCCACCACCAGCUCCGGCGAAACCGAUGAUCCGAAUCGAACAGGGUCGGGCCAGAAUUCGAAUUCGACCGCGAGGUACAAGCUUUUCUCGCCGGCGAAGCUUCCGAUCUCGAGGUCGCCGUGCAUCACCAUCCCUCCGGGGCUCAGUCCGUCGUCGUUUCUCGAGUCCCCCGUUCUUCUUUCCAACAUGAAGGUUGAGCCUUCACCCACUACAGGAUCCUUUGCUAAGCUUUUCCAAACAGUACAUGGUUCUACAGCUUCUAAUGCGUCUGUUACAUUUCCUGUAACCACUGUAUGCUUCAAUACCAGUGCUGUUGAUGAAGGAAAAUCGAGCUUCUUUGAGUUUAAACCACACAAUAGAUCAAAUAUGGCUCCUGCUGACUUCAACAAGCAUGUAAAUGAACAGUCUACUCAUGUAGAAGGUCCAGGAAAAGCUCAGCCAUUAACCACCUCUCCAUUAGUGGAAAGUGAGUUAGCGGUUCUAUCUAAUGAGUUAAGCCUAUCAUCACCUGGUCAGAUGGUUAGUUCUGGGGCUAGUGCUCCUGUUGAUUUCAAUUCGGAUGAAUUUAACCACAAAUGCACUGGGCUUCAAACAUCACAUGCUGACGUUAGAGGCAGUGGCCUUUUGGUUGCAGCCGAAAAAGUAACGAAUGAUGGAUAUAAUUGGCGAAAAUAUGGGCAGAAACUUGUUAAAGGAAGUGAAUUUCCGCGCAGCUAUUACAAAUGUACACACCCUAACUGUGAAGUCAAAAAACUUUUUGAACGCUCUCAUGAUGGUCAGAUCACUGAGAUAGUUUACAAGGGAACACAUGAUCAUCCUAAACCUCAACCAAGCAGUCGGUCCUCUGCUGGUUCUAUUAUGUCUAUGCAAGGAGAAAGAUCUGAUAUGACUUCUUCAGCUGGCCGAGAUGACAAAGCAUCCAAUGUGUAUGGUCAUGUGUCUCAUGAAGCUGAGCCCAAUAGUACUCCCGAGCUAUCACCUGUAGCAACUAAUGAUGACAGUCAAGAAUGUGCUGGAUUUGUGUCGAACAGGACAAAUGAGGAGGUUGAUGAUGAUGAUCCUUUCCCCAAGCGAAGAAAAAUGGAACUUGGAAAUGUUGACAUUAUCCCUAUUGUUAAGCCUAUCCGGGAGCCACGGGUUGUUGUGCAAACUCUGAGUGAAGUGGAUAUAUUGGAUGAUGGGUACCGCUGGCGUAAAUAUGGGCAGAAGGUGGUGAGGGGAAAUCCGAACCCAAGGAGCUAUUACAAGUGCACAAAUGCUGGUUGCCCUGUUAGAAAACACGUGGAGAGGGCAUCUCAUGAUCCGAAAGCGGUGAUAACUACAUAUGAGGGUAAACACAACCAUGAUGUUCCUGCUGCAAGGAAUAGCAGCCAUGACAUGGUAGGACAUGUAGCUGCUGGUGGAAAUACAAGAAUCAAGUUAGAACAAAGUGAUACUAUUAGCCUUGACCUUGGUAUGGGCAUUACUACCUCAGCGGCUGAAAACCGAUCAAAUGGGCAAGGGAAAAUGGUGCUCUCUGAAUUUGGACACAGUCAAAAUACUCACCCUAGCACUUCCAAUUUCAAGUUUGUUCAUACUAGCCCAGCUCCAGGAUACUAUGGUGUUCUAAAUAAUAGCUCAAGUUCCUAUGGUUCUAGAGAAAAUAGGAGUGAUGGUCCAUCUUUAAACCAUUCCUCAUAUCCUUGCUCACAGAACAUGGGAAGAUUACUAAUGGGUCCAAGAAAUUGUUAACUAACUACAAAAAAUAAAAAUAAAUAUUUAUGAGUAGCGCUCUGGUUUCUUCUUUUUGGCGGGUAUAGCUUCAAAGGUGAAAAAAAAAGCUCAUUUUCUGUAAGAAAAUGCAGAUAGUUCUUUCAUGUCUAUAUCACUAUUUAUGAGCUGCUGUGUAGGAGUGAAGCAGCUCCGGGUUGACUUUAUAUGUAAUUGUUGUUUGUAAUUGUAUAAUUAUAUCCAAAUUCUUCUGUAUAAAUAUGAGGCCAAUAUCAAAGCAGCUUCUGCAAAAAUGUUGUAAAAGUGUUUGAAUGAAACUAUUUAAGUAGCAUUUAGCCUUUUACUGAA